AUGGCUUCUAAGCUAUCGUUUCUUUUCUAUACCUGUGGAUUUAUUUGCGUCAUCUUGAAAUCGUCUUCAGCUACGAAAGAAUUAAGAUGGGCAGAUAAUGAACCCGAACCGUCGUAUAAAUUUUCUUACGUAAUUAAAGAUGGCAGUACGAAGAUUAUUCGUAGCGAGGAUAGUGAUGAGGUGAACGACUCCAUCGGCAAACAUAGUUUAUACGAUCCGGUCGAUUAUGGUAAAUCAGGUGACUAUAAAUCAGAUGGAAAUUAUUUUCAUAUUGAAUUUGAUUCCGAUAAAGAUGGUUUUGGAUCAUAUAAACAACCAACGCAUUAUUAUGAACGUUAUGAGUAUGGUCACCAUGAUGAUUACAGUCAUAGUAGUGAUAAUGAUGGCCAUGGUAGUGGAGGAGGUGGAGGAGGGGGGCAUGAAGGUUAUAGUGGAUCAGGAAGUGGUGGGCAUGGGGGUUAUGGUGGAUCUGGUGGGGGUGGGCAUGGGGGUUAUAGUGGAUCUGGUGGAGGGCAUGCAAGCUAUAGUGGAGGAGGUAGUUAUGGGGGCGGAAACAAAGAAAGUAAACAUGAAAGUUAUGGUGGAUCAGGAGGAGAAGAACACGAUGGUUCCAGUGGUGGAGGAGGACACUCAAGCUACAGUGAGGGAAGUAGUUAUGGGGGUAGAUAUGAAGAAGGGGAACAUGGAAGUUAUGGUGGAUCGGGUGGAAGUGGACAUGGUGGUUCCGGUAGCACAGGACAUGCAAAAAUUACUGGAGGAAGUAGUCAUGGUGGUGGAUCUGGAGGAGGAGGAGGAGGAGGAGGAGGACAUGGUGGUUCUAGUAGCGGAGGUCAUGGUGGUAGUUCUGGAGGUGGUGGCCAUAGUGGUAGUUCUGGAGGUGGUGGCCAUGGUGGUAGUUCUGGUGGCGGUGAUCAUGGGUUUGGCUCUGUAGGAGGAGGGCACGGUGGUUACGGUGGCGGAUAUGGUGGCCACGGUGGUUACGGUGGUUCUGCAGGUCAUAGCGACAGUAGUGGUUAUACAGAUAGUCAUGGAGACGGUGGUUACAGCGGUCACGGUGCUAGUGGUCUCGGCUACGGUGGUUAUGGGUUUAGUUAUCAUAAGUAA